AUGAAAUACUGCAAAUAUGAUGUCAUUUGGAGGCCAUAUAAUAAAAAGCGUCACCACAAUUUUUUUAUGUUUAAAAACGAAAGUAAAGAAUUCGUAGAUCGUAUUGAUAUAUCAAAUGAAUUCAUUCGUGUUAAAUGUUACACUGGAGAUGGUCUAGAGGUGUAUGUAAAUUUCUUCUCUUUUGUUCAUUUAAAAGCAGAUGUUGAGGAUCGAUGUGAAAAAAAUGCCAUAAAGUUUGCAAACACACGACAAGAGCAGUUAAAUGUUUUGAUGCUGGGUAUUGAUUCAAUAGCUAGAAAUAAUAUGCUACGCUAUAUGAAGGAAACUUGGAAAUAUCUAGUAAACACACACAACGCCAUAGAUUUACUUGGCUAUAAUAAAGUUGCUGAUAACACUUUUCCAAAUAUAGUUUCGAUGACAGCAGGAAAAUAUGUAAAUGAACUACCACGGAAAGAAUCAUUACGAUUGGCGCCAAUGGACAACUAUAAUUUCAUAUGGAACAAUUAUUCAGCAAAGGGGUAUAGAACAUUCCAUGCCGAAGAUCAUCCUGAUAUAGCAAUCUUUGAUUGUAACAAAGUUGGAUUUCAAAGACCUCCAGGAGAUUACUUCAAUAGGCCUUUAAGUGUUGCUAUGGAACAAAAUAAAAAGGUUUGGAAUUCCAAUCACUAUUGUGUACAUGGGAGAACAGAAACUGAUAUAGUUCUAGACUAUUUAAAGAGUUUUGCUACAAUGUUUCAGUCUAAGCAGCAUUUUUCCUUCACAUUUUUUUCAAGGCUCACACAUGAUCAUCUCCACGAAACAUAUAAAGCUGAUAAAAUUUACCUUAAGUUUUUCAAAGACUUGUUUGAAAAUGAUAUCUUAAAAAACACAGUUGUGUUCUUUUUCAGUGAUCAUGGAAUGCGUUUUGGUCGUUUUAGGGAAACAUUUGCUGGAAAAUUGGAAGAACGUCUUCCUUUUAUGCUGAUUGUAUUCCCUUCAUGGUUCAUUAAAAAGUAUCCAGAAGUUCACAGAAAUUUGCAGAUCAAUGCAAGAAGACUUACAACUCCUUUCGAUAUCUUUGCCACAUUAGAACAUAUUUUAGAUUUCAAUGGAUUUGAGCAAAAGCAAGUGACAAAGCAAAGAUCAAUGAGCUUACUUCAUGAAAUUCCCGAAAACAGAACUUGUCAUGAAGCUGGUAUCCUACCUCAUUGGUGUACUUGUUCUAAACUUAAAACAUUAGAUACUCAAAAUAAGACAAUUAUCCAAAUUGGUCAUGCUUUUGUAUCCAAGAUUAAUCAGAAUUUAAGGCAUGUUUUUGACGUUUGCGAAAAAUUGUACUUGAAAUUCAUAAAAUAUGCUCUGCUUGUAAUACCAUCUGACAAAGUGCGGCAAUACGGAAAGACGUAUAAAUAUGGCGAUCUCACUAAGUCUUAUAUUGAUUACCAGAUAACCAUACAAACAAAGCCAGGAGAUGCUAUUAUUGAAGGGACGUUACGGUUUGACGAGAAAAGAAAAACAUAUGACUUAGUAGGCGAUGUCAGUCGAAUUAAUAAGUACGGUGAUCAGUCACACUGUAUUAAGCAAAAUCACCUUAAAAAACUUUGCUUCUGUAAAAUUCAACCGUAA